CACUCUACACAUUCUGAAAAAGACAUAGACCAUUCUGGGAAUGACUAUGAGAAACCCUACAUGUGUGGGGAGUGUGGAUACAGGACAGACAGGGAGUCCCACUUAUCGCAACACACGAGAACACACACAGGGGAAAAGCCAUUCAAGUGUGACCAGUGUGACUAUUCUGCAAGACUCAAAUCUACUUUGGUCAAACAUAUAAGAACGCACACUGGUGAAAAACCCUACAUGUGCGGAGAGUGUGGGUACAGGGCGGCUCAAAUGUCUUCCUUAUCCAAACAUAUGACGACCCAUACAGGAGAUAAACCCUACAAGUGUGACCAGUGUAGCUUUUCUUCAACGCUAAAAUGUCAUUUGAACAAACAUAUAGCAAAACACACAAGAGACACUGGAUGGCAACAGAAUGAACAAGACAAUGUGCAGUACCAGGAAACAUACAAUGAAGACUUCUGCGGUGGCACUCAACCUAUGGGACAUCCUUUGAACGACACAGACAACAGUUGGGGACAGGCACCUGGGACGGAACUGCAACAUGACAAUGAAAUGGACGAUCCCAAUGACAAAGUGUGUGGUGUAAAAGCAGAAAUGGGAGAGUCCAGCUGUGAGCUUUCUGAUGGAGAACUCUGUACUGGGCAUUCUGGGAAUGAUAUGGACCCUUUUUGGUAUGACAAACCCUACAUGUGUGGGGAGUGUGGAUACAGGACAGACAGGGAGUCCCACUUAUCCCAACACAUGAGAACACACACAGGAGAGAAACCAUUCAAGUGUGACCAGUGUGACUAUUCUGCUGCAGUCAAAUCCACUUUGGUCAGUCAUCUAAGAACGCACACCGGCGAGAAACCCUACAUGUGUGGAGAGUGUGGGUUCAUGGCGGCUCAAAAGUCUUCCUUAUCCAAACAUAUGACGACCCAUACAGGAGAUAAACCCUAUAAGUGUGACCAGUGUAGCUUUUUUUCAACGCGAAAAUAUCAUUUGAACCAACAUAAAGCAAAACACACAAGAGACACUGGAUGGCAACAGAAUGAACAAGACAAUGUGCUGUACCAGAAAACAUACAAUGAAGACUUCUGCGGUGGCACUCAACCUAUCGGACAUUCUUUUAACGACACAGACAACAGUUUGGGACAGACACAAGGAGCGGAACUGCAACAGGACAAUGAAAUGGACGAUCCCAAUGACAAAGUGUGUAAUGUAAAAGCAGAAAUAGGAGAGUCCAGCUGUGAGCUUUCUGAUGGAGAGCUACAUACUGGACAUUCUGGAAAUGAACAUAUAGCAAAACACACAAGAAGCACUGGAUGGCAACAGAAUGAACAAGACAACGUGCUGUGCCACGAAACGUACAACGAAGACUUCUUUGCGAGAACCCAACCAAAUAGACAUCCUUUAGACAAGACAGACAACAGUUGGGGACAGAACUCAGGAAUGUCACUGCAACAGGAUGAGGAAAAGGACAAUCCCAAUGUAAAAGUUUAUAGUGUAAAAGAAGAAAUAGGAGAGUCCAGCUGUGAGCUUUCUGUUGGAGAACUCUGUACUGGACAUUCUGGAAAAGACAUGGACCAUCCUGGGUAUCCCGGGAAGAAGAUGGACUGUACAGAACACUUUGGGAAGGAGAGUGACAACGUGGCACAGAAAUCAUAUAAUGUGAACUUUCCUCAACCUAACAGCAUAUCAACCUCCCUGGUACAGGAGAGCAGAGGCAAUAUGGGAAGACAUGUGGUUAAACAUUCUAAUGAAAAACCAUUCGCUUGUAAAGAGUGUCCGUACAGCACAUAUGGAAAGUCUGACUUAUCCCGACACAUGAGAACCCAUACAGGAGAGAAACCAUACAAGUGUGACCAGUGCGACUAUUCUGCUGCAGUCAAAUCUACUUUGGUCAAACAUCUAAGAACGCACACAGGUGAAAAACCCUACAUGUGCGGAGAGUGUGGGUACAGGACGGCUCAAAUGUCUUGCUUAUCCAAACAUAUGAGGACUCAUACAGGGGAUAAACCCUACAAGUGUGACCAGUGUAGCUAUUCUGCAGUGCAAAAAUCUCAUUUGGACGAACAUAUAUUAGCAAAACACACAAGAGACACUGGAAGGCAACAGAAUGAACAAGACAACGUGCUGUGCCAUUCAUACAGUGAAGACUUCUUCGACGGAAUUCAACCAGCCGGACAUCCUUUAAACGUGACAGACAACAAUUGGGGACAGGCACGAGGAACGACACGACAACGGGGCGAAGAAAGGGACGUUCCCAAUGACAAAGUGUGUGCUGUAAAAGUAGAAAUGGGAGAGUCCAGUUGUGAGCCCUUUGUUGGAGAACUACAUACUGGACAUUCUGCGAAAGACAUGGACCAUCCUGUGUAUCCCGGGGAGGAGAUGGACUGUACUGAACACCCUGGGAAGGAGAGUGACAGCCUGCAACAGAAAACGUAUAAUGUGAACUUUCCCCAACCUGACAGCAUAUCAACCUCGCGGGUACAGAACACAGGUAAUAUGGGAAGGCAUGUGGUUAAACACCUUGAUGAGAAACCAUUCGCUUGUAAAGAGUGUCCGUACAGCACGUAUGGAAAGUCCCAAUUAACGCAACACAUGAGAACCCACACAGGGGAAAAACCAUUCAAGUGUGACCAGUGUGGCUAUUCUGCUGCAAUCAAAUCUACUUUGGUCAAACAUUUAAGAACGCACACUGGUGAGAAACCCUACAUGUGCGGAGAGUGUGGAUACAGGGCGGCUCAAAUGUCUUCCUUAUCCAAACAUAUGACGACCCAUAUAGGAGAUAAACCUUACAAGUGUGACCAGUGUAGCUUUUCUUCAACGCUAAAAUGUCAUUUGAACAAACAUAUAGCAAAACACACAGGAGACACUGGAUGGCAACAGAAUGAACAAGACAAUGUGCUGUACCAGGAAACAUACAAUGAAGACUUCUGCGGUGGAACUCAACCGACUGGACAUCCUUUGAACGACACAGACAACAGUUGGGGACAGGCACCAGGGACGAAACUGCAAGAGGACAAUGAAAUGGACAUUCCCAAUGACAAAGUGUGUGGUGAAAACGCAGAAAAGGGGGAAUCCAGCUGUGAGGUUUCUGAUGGAGAACUCUGUACUGGGCAUUCUGGGAAUGAUAUGGACCCUUUUUGGUAUGACAGACCCUACAUGUGUGGGGAGUGUGGAUACAGGACAGGCAGGGAGUCCCACUUAUCCCAACACAUGAGAACACACACAGGAGAGAAACCAUUCAAGUGUGACCAGUGUGACUAUUCUGCUGCAGUCAAAUCCACUUUGGUCAGUCAUCUAAGAACGCACACUGGCGAGAAACCCUACAUGUGCGGAGAGUGUGGGUUCAGGGCGGCUCAAAAGUCUUCCUUAUCCAAACAUAUGAGGACUCAUACAGGGGAUAAACCCUACAAAUGUGACCAGGGUAGGUAUUCUGCAAUACAAAAAUCUCAUUUGGACCAACAUAUAGCAAAACACAGAGGAGACACUGGAUGGCAACAGAAUGAACAAGACAACGUGCUGUGCCAGGGAAUAUACAGUAAAGACAUUUUCGUUGGAACUGAACCACCCGAGCAUCCUUUAAACAUGACAGACAACAGUUGGGGACAGGCACCAGGAACGACACGCCAACAGAAGGAGGAAAGGGACGUUCCCAAUGACAAAGUGUGUGGUGUAAAAGUAGACAUGGGAGAAUCCAGUUGUGAGCUUUCUGUUGGAGACUUCUGUACUGGAGAUUCUAUGAGUAACAUGGACCCUCCUGGGUAUUCCGGGGAGGCGAUUGACUGUACUGAACACUUUGGAACGGAGAGUGACAACGUGGCACAGCAAUCAUAUAAUGUGAACUUUCCUCAAGCUGACAGCAUAUCAACCUCACAGGUACAGGAGAGCAGAGGCAAUAUGGGAACGCAUGUGGUUACACACACUAAUGAAAAACCAUUCGCUUGUAAAGUGUGUCCGUACAGCACAUAUGGAAAGUCUGACUUAUCCCGACACAUGAGAACCCAUACAGGACAGAAACCAUACAAGUGUGACCAGUGUGACUAUUCUGCUGCAGUCAAAUCCACUUUGGUCUGGCAUCUAAGAACGCACACAGGUGUGAAAUCCUACAAGUGUGACCAGUGUAGGUAUUCUGCAGUGCAAAAAUCUCAUUUGGACGAACAUAUAUUAGCAAAUCACACAAGAGACACUGGAAUGACACAGAAUGAACAAGACAACGUGCUGUGUCAUGGAACAUACAGUGAAGACUUCUUCGACGGAAUUCAACCAGCCGGACAUCCUUUAAACGUGACAGACAACAAUUGGGGACAGGCACGAGGAACGACACGCCAACGGGGCGAGGAAAGGGACGUUCCCAAUGACAAAGUGUGUGCUGUAAAAGUAGAAAUGGGAGAGUCCAGUUGUGAGCCCUUUGUUGGAGAACUACAUACUGGACAUUCUGCGAAAGACAUGGACCAUCCUGUGUAUCCCGGGGAGGAGAUGGACUGUACUGAACACCCUGGGAAGGAGAGUGACAGCCUGCAACAGAAAACGUAUAAUGUGAACUUUCCCCAACCUGACAGCAUAUCAACCUCGCGGGUACAGAACACAGGUAAUAUGGGAAGGCAUGUGGUUAAACACCUUGAUGAGAAACCAUUCGCUUGUAAAGAGUGUCCGUACAGCACGUAUGGAAAGUCCCAAUUAACGCAACACAUGAGAACCCACACAGGGGAAAAACCAUUCAAGUGUGACCAGUGUGGCUAUUCUGCUGCAGUCAAAUCUACUUUGGUCAAACAUCUAAGAACGCACACAGGUGAGAAACCCUACAUGUGCGGAGAGUGUGGAUACAGGGCGGCUCAAAUGUCUUCCUUAUCCAAACAUAUGACGACCCAUACAGGAGAUAAACCCUACAAGUGUGACCAGUGUAGCUUUUCUUCAACGCUAAAAUGUCAUUUGAGCCAACAUAUAGCAAAUCACACUAGAGACACUGGAUGGCAACAGAAUGAACAAGACAACGUGCUGUGCCAGGAAGCGUACAGUGAAGACUUCUUCAGGGGAACUCAACCGACCGGACAUCCCUUGAACGACACAGACAACAGUUGGGGACAAACACAAGGAACGGCACGGCAACAGGACGAGGAAAUGGACAUUCCCAAUGACAAAGUCUUUGGUGUAAAAACAGAAAUGAGAGAGUCCAGCUGUGAGCUUUCUAUUGGACAACUACAUACUGGACAUUCUGGGAAGGACUUGGACCAUCCUGGGUAUCCUGGGAAGGAGCCAGACUGUACUGUACACCUUGGGAAUGAGAGUGACAACCUACAGCAGAAAACGUGUGAAGUGAACUUUCCCCAACCUGACAACAUAGCAACCUCACAGGUACAGGAGAGCAGAGGCAAUAUGGGAUGGCAUGUGGUUUUAUUUAAACAUUCUAAUGAGAAACCAUUCGCUUGUAAAGAGUGUCCGUACAGCACAUAUCUUAAGUCUGACUUAUCCCGACAUAUGAGAACACAUACAGGAGAGAAACCGUACAAGUGUGACCAGUGUGCCUAUUCUGCUGCAGUCAAAUCCUCUUUGGUCAAACAUCUAAGAACGCACACUGGAGAGAAGCCCUACAUGUGCGGAGAGUGUGGAUACAGGACGGCUCAAAUGUCUUGCUUAUCCAAACAUAUGAGGACUCAUACAGGGGAUAAACCCUACAGGUGUGACCAGUGUAGCUAUUCUGCAACACGAAAAUCUUAUUUGGACAAACAUAAAGUAAAACACACUGGUCAAUAAACUUACCUUUGAGGGUAGUGUGGGUACAGAGCAACACAGAAGUCUGCUUUUAAUUUGUCGGUACAUACGAGAACCCAUAACGUUGAUAAACCAUAGAGAUGAGACCAAUGUAUCUAUUUUGCAGCAUAAAAUGUUUUAAAAGGCAUCAGUCAGUGAACAUAGUGAUAUGCCAAGCCUUUUUUCGGUCUUACAUGGCUUGAUCUUACCAAGAAUUAGGUGUGAUGCGCUUCAGAUGGUUUGGCGGUUAAAUGAUACAAAUCAAUGGGGAAUUCAAUUAAACAAGAUGUGAAAAAAAUAUGUAGCAAUGUUUGGUUUAUGUACUAUUCAAGCUAUUCAAACAAUCGUCGGUAGAUGUCGUUGUUGUCUUCAUCA